AUGGGUUCUAGACGGUUUUCACUAGCUUUGGAGCACGUCUCGGAUAACAGCGAUACAAACAAGCCCAUCACAGCAUUUUUGAUCGAUAAGAGUUAUGCUAACUAUGAAAAUUCAAAUCCGUGCUUGAAGCCGGACGAUGUACGCAACAACAUACAAUUGAAAAAGUCCAGAUCGGCUCCUGUAAUCAAUGAUAUGCUUGAGGCGACAUGCAGACUACAAAGUGACGAUAAUAAGGUGUUUGCAAUGGUUCCAAAACGGAGGUUUUCCAUUUGCGACCUAAAUACAUUCGACAGCGAAUUACCAAGCAUUAUGCAUCAUUCCAAGCAUGAAAAAGCCUUUUUUUCUGAGCCAGCAACAUGUCCAUCAAGCUCGAUUAGCGAAGGUAGGGGCCUUAAUGCAAAUUUAUAUUUCCCUAAAAAGCAUUGCAGACGCAACUCGGUGGCCCUUAAGUUUCAGAAUCCCCGGUCUAUUGAUAACUCAAUAGAGACCGAACAAUAG